ACAUUCAAAAAAAAAAAACACGGCUACAAAGUGGCAGCAUGUCUGUUUGGUGCGGCCACGCCGCCACACAUUCUCGCAUAACGCUCUGCAUCCCCCCCUGCAGCACACAGUGACGCGAGGCAUAUUCGCCGGAUUUGCGAGAGUUUGUCGUCGGCCCCCAUGUGGAUCUCGCAACAGAGAGAGAUAGAAGCAGAGGGAGAGGGCGAGAGCAGGCCCGGAGGAGGAGCCGGGAAGUGAACGCAGUGGUGGGGUGGGGUAUGAUGAUAGUGGUGACCACGAUGGGUUCGGAAUUGAGAUGAGAGCAGGAGAGGAGACUGACCGGAGCGAGGGAGAGGAUCAUGGCAUGAAGCUCGGCGAGAGACGGACGAGAUAAGCUCGGAUCUCGAGUGAGGAGCAGGGACGGAGCCUUCGAGAAUCUGGAGGGGGCAAAGCGAGCGCUGCUUGAAGUGCCGGGCUGGAGCUCAUCCAUCCGUCUGCCACCAGGUAGGGAGAGGUGUUCCUGUUCUGGUCCGCGAUCGAUCGUUAGAACAGUGCUGUCACCACUGCUGCUUCAGCUCGGUGUUCGGAUCGGAUGUGCCUUGCGUGCUCGGGUGGAAGGAAUGAAGUACGUAGUGGAUGAUGGAUCGAAAAGCGGUAUUUUAAGUGUUUAUAAGUUAGGGUCGCAGUCCGCGGGUGUGCUUUCCUGGUUCGUGUCAAAGGAAGAGGAUGGGGUCCGACGAUUGGUGCGCAAUUGGACCAAUCAUUUGGCGAAAGCGCUACGUGACACCAUCAUGAAUUGUUGAAUCGCAUUCCAACAAUUGUGCAAACUCUCCCGUUCCGAAUUGAGUGGCAGAUUGAAUUCCACCAAUUGAUUCGGGUGAAGCAUGGAUAAUGGAACGGCUGAGAUGGAGCCUGCAAAAAUUGCGGCUACUAAAGAUGUUUCUACAGACGUCGAGGAUGUCUCUGCUUCAAACAUAAAGUCAGAGAUGGUAGAACCUGUCGAUGGCUCGUCGGCGAAUGAUCGUGUGGAUGAAUCAGAAACUUCAGGGAUGGAAAUGGGAUCUUUCUUAUCAGAAGAUGUGAUUUCCCCGGAAGAAGCAGUACCCAAUGUGCCUGAAGAGAGCGUAGAGAAAGCAGAGAUAGACGCAAGUGACUCUGAAAAUACACCAGCGAGUGAACAUACGGUGGAUGCUGUUGGUGAAGCGGUAGGUGGCUACUCAGCAGAGGAGGGUUCAGGUCGUGCAGCGACAUCUAACGUUAGCACGUUAGAUGUCGGAGAUUCGGAGCAAACCGAAGAUGAAAAUGCACCAACUGACAGCGAUGAUGCAGCAAUUUUGGUGGGUGAAGAGGUCGACGAUAGUCUUCAAAGUGAUGGAGCGGAUCCCACUGCGAGACCCGUACCAGAGAUCGAAUCACCAGGUGGGGAAUCGACAGCCGAGGAAUCACGAGGUGACAAUUUGGAUGAAAAAUCUGAGGUCGUAACCAGUGAGAAUUCAUCAACAAUUAGAGGCUCAACUGAUGCAGUUGAUGAGGACGAGGUACAGAAACCAGAUGUAGGAAGUGAAAUCCUAACGGAGCCCGAAGAUUCUGGCGAAUCCCAGAGCGUGAAGGAUUCGGAGACAGAUCUGGUUCCCGACGUUUCACAGAAUGACGGAGGUGAGGAACAGGGAGUGCUUGAUUCAGUGGAGACGAAUACUAAUGUAGAGUUGGGAGAGGAGGUGUCCCCAUCAGAAUCUGGAGCACAACCCGACAUCAAGACCGUGGACACUGAAGCUGUUGAGAAUUCUUCUGUUACAGCCGACAGCAGUGAGCCCGCGGGUGAAACUUUGCCCACGGUCUCCUUUGAUGAUGGUAUAUUAUCUACCAUGAAUGCUGACGAAAGAGAUUGCACCAAUGAAGCUUUAGCUGAAAACCACGCAGCCAGACCUUCUGGCACUGAGGACUCCCAAUAUGAAGCUCAAGAACAAGCCGACCGUGUUCUUUCCGAAGAAGAAGACAAAUCGUCUAAUGUCUGUGACGGAGAUGAGCCAGUUCAGGCUGCUCCAACGAACGAGUCCACCGAGAGUGGAGGUGUCGAAGAUCGAACAGAAACAACCACAUCCAAUCCAACCGAAUUGGUGGAGGAUUUCGAUGCUGGCGAUGGGCUUGUGGAUGAUUUAGUCCCGCCUGCAGAAUCUUUGAAUGAUGCAGAGGAGAUUGUAGAGGUUGUAAGCGAUGCACCGACACCAGGAUUGGAAGCAUCAGAAGGAGAAAUCGAGGCUCCAGAUGAGAGCAUGUUGAGUCCAUCCACCUCGGCCGAUUCUAUCGAGGAUUCGACUACCGGUGAUGGAGGCGUGGGAAGCACCGACGGAGCUCAGACAACCUCACACGACUCAAACGAGGUUGUCGAAGGAGCCACAGAACUUGAUGCUCCAGCCUCGAGUACGGAGGCGGAGGAAGAGCAGCUUGCAGGGCCGGGGAGUGGAGAAGAGCAACCAGAUGUUGUAACUGAAGGUGGGGAAUUCAUAGAUACAUCUAGUCAUCCGAAUUUAGAUGUAGAGAAGAUUGUCGAAGUGAUGUCAAAGGAGCAGGACGCACCCGCACCGAGAAUGGAGGACGUAGAAGAAGAGCACGUUGUUGAGACCGGCAGUGAAUUGGAGACGCCUGGCCGUGAAGAUCCGGAAACUAUGGAGAUGAGCUCUCUUGCCAUGCGCGAAGUUUCUGGUAAUUUGGAAACGGUGGAAGCAUCUGACAUUCUCGACAAUACAGAUGCUUCGCUUGUCGUGGACAAUGACUCAAAUGAAAACGCGGAAGAAGCAAGUGAUGAGCUUGAUGAACCGACAUCGAUUGUGCACUCAGGAGAAGGGGAGCAGGAAGCAGAGGCUGUCCGUGAUGUCGAAUCACUUGAUGAAAUAAAUACGGAUGCAACAAGCACCGAACAGGACAUAUCGGUCGACAGUCCUGAUGGUUUGACAGAGGGCGGUGCAACAGAAGGUGCUGAAAAAGCAGAACCUUCUGUUUCCCCUGAUAUACCAGAGGAGCUGGGUCAAGUCGAGCAGGAAACGCCAGCGUUAGCUUUGGCAACCGCUGAAGAGAAGCAGAUUGCAGGGACAGAUACAGGAACGCCAGUUGAUACGGAUGCAGCAAAGCCACCAGAAACUCCUCCUUCAGUCGAAAGUCCACAAUCCGUAGAGGUUUCCGAAAGGGGCGAUGAACUAUUGAACACUGCUGAUGAUACAUGUGGUUCCACUUCUGAUUCUGAAGUGGUUUCAAAAUUUAUAAGCAGCGACGAGAAUAGGCUAGCAUCAGGUUUGGAGGCUGUGGAAGAAAAGCAGGCUGCGGGGAUUGAAGCAGAAGUUGAUGCACCUAGUGAGACAGCUUCUGAUGCAACCAGGACAGGUCUUCUCAAUUCAGCCAAGAUUCAUCCCGAAGUUCUUGAAACAGACGAUGCAUCUAGCCUGGAGGAAGAGGCUGUUGCAUCAGAUAAGGUUCAAACCAAGGAAGUUGUUGUGGAUGAGCAAGAUGCUCUUAAAUCUCCAGGGCAUCAAUCAGGUUUCAUAAUAGCGAAUGACAGAGACGAUGAACUUUCGUCUAUUUCCUCUGGAACAGUUGAAUUUGGUAAGCCACAGGAACAGCAAUUUACAGACGAAAUGGAAAAGCUGGAGGAACCUAGUCGAGAAGACGUGUCAACUUCUGUUUCUGGAAGGUCAGGAGAACUAGAAGAAGAAAGUUCUGUGUUGUCUCGCCAAGAUACGGAUGUUGGAGAUGCUGUGCUCUCAGAGCGCGAUAGCAGUUGUGGAUCUGGCUCCGGAGACUACCUAGAAACUGUGGGGAAGGCGGAAUUAGCUCAAGGACCUUCUGAUUUGCUUCAGAUAGAAGAAGGGGUAGUUUCAAUCUCGAGUGACCACGAACUCGAGAAAUCAACUUCGGUUCACGACGAACAGGCCCCUGAGACUGCUUUCACAGACAUGUCUCUUGGUGCUGUCGUCAAUGAGGACCUUGCUGGUGGAAGCAAAAGCAGUGCAGAAGCCGAUAUGUUGGAGCUAAAAGCUGUUGAUAAUGGACAUCCUGGGGAGGCGGAAGAGGCGUCGGUUUCUGAGACACCAAAAUCUAACAGCGAAUUAUCUCUCGCAGCAGAUAGGGCCGAGUCGCCCGAAUCUGAGGAUCUCGUUUCAGGGGAUUCACUGAAGGGAGACUCGCAGAAAGAGAUUGAAACGGGCGAGGCAGCUUCAGGGCUUGAAGUAUCCCCUCAGGCAACACCAGAUGUACCUCGGGAAUUAGAGAUCUUGAAGGACAUCAUCUUCGAGCAUAGUUCCGAGGUUCAAGAUCUCAUCCGACAUGUCAGUGAGAGCGAAAAUUCGCUUGCAAUGGAAGACACACCAACUGAAGUGAAGGUACCUGAAGCCAGCAAAAGCCAGGCAAGAUCUUUGCAAACGGACACGUCUUUGCAGGCUUCUACCGACGCAGAGAAAGUUCUCUUUACAACUGAUGACAAGAAAGUUAUUGCGAACGCAGAACGUCAGGAAGACACUUCUUACAAAGGAGAUUUCCUUCAGCACUCAAUCCUCCCUACUCCGAGUGAUUCCGAAGGAAGUGAACAUGCGGCUCUUCGGAUGUCAGGGCCUUCCGCCGUUCCAAAGACUGAAUCUUUGGGUGGAGACGUGGAGCAGAAGGAGAUCAGUGGACAAGAAGAUACUUCUGUCAGAAACGUUGUCACGACUGAUCACCCGAUGGCCAGUUUGCCGACGGAUACGACGCCGAAGGACUCUCAAGUACCGAUUGACUCGAAGUUCCAGGGUAUGCAGUCAGUUUAUUUUCCAGAUAAACUACAGAAGGAGCUUCUCAGCCUGAACAAAGCCAACGUAGCUGCAAAAGGGAAAGAAGACUUUCUUACGGAGGGAGAAAUUCACCCCAUGGGAAGCCAUCACUUCUUAAGUGCAAGUAAGGGGUCGACAUUUGAUUCCAGUGGCGACGUAGCCACGCUGCAUAAGAGCCCUGAGACUGUAGACUCGUCAAGGAAAGAGAUAUCAUCAGAAUUUCCUAUCAUCUCUCAUGGUGGCAAAUCGUUUGGCGCGAUCGAGACCUACCCCACCGUGGGUAACCUCAAAGCGCAAGAACUCGGUAGGCUUACUGCUGAGAAAGACGAGGCAUCCGUACCACUGAGCACAUACAGCGGUGACUUGAGCUCAUCUUGGAUCCCAGCUCCUGAAGCAAGUGCGAGCGAUGUCCACUCCAGGUCCCAGGACUCCAAACAAAACUUCACGGAGAAGGAGGUGCCUAGACUUCGUGCAGUUGCUCGUGGAAAUGAAGACAGGAAGACCGUACCUGAGAGAGAAGUUUCCACCACGUCCACCACUCCUGCUAAGUCUUCAGAUCCUGUACCGAGGCCAAGGGCACAAAUCACCCGCGAAGAUGACCUCAACGACGCCAAAUUCCCCCUCUCUAUGAUGCUGUGGUGUUCCCAUUCUCUGUCAUCACUUUUUGGCAGUGCGAAAUCCCUCUAGGGAGAGGGAGAACAGCGCAGGUUGUAAUAUUACCUUGAGUGCAGAAGCCGUGUUGUGUUGUUGGUGGCCCACAAUCUCGUGAUCUAUGGGCCGUCCCUUCAAGAAACUGAGCAUUGUGGAAGUGCCACUUCAACUGUAGCACUUGGCUGUGCUCAACCUUAAAACUUACAACUUGGUUCAAUAUCGACAUUCGAUCAGGUAUAUAUUUGUAUUUCAUUACUAACUUCAGCAACUCCGAUUCAAAGCAGAAGACGGGUGCACAGCCUGCUUCGGCAACUUGAUUCUCGCACGUCGAAGUGCGAACGUGAGUGUGUCAGCAUCCUUAAUUUCCACUAAAAGGAUUGCGUACUCGGUAUACUAGCAAGCAUUUUCGUGACUGAUGAAGAACCUUACUACUCAAGUUACGAUCCCUUACAGUGGGGUGAGCUCAGCAGAUGAUUUUUAUAUCUGUAUAAGAGACCACCCAUAUUCAUGUCUUAUCGAAUAGUUCAUUCAUUGGUGUGCAGUCUGUAGGAUAUAGGAAUCUUGGAACGUAGUGCAAAGCUACCGAUUGUUGUCACAGCUCUUGAUUUUGCUUUCAGGCAUUAUUAUUCCCUGAAGAAUUGAUAGUAGAAAUUUAGUUUUUGGACUAGGAGUCCAUGUGUUCACAAGGCACUGUAACGUAGAUUACGGGGAUCAAAGCACGUCUUGCUCCCUUUGGAUGUUCUGUAGUUCUCAUGUGGUAAUUUUGGGAUCUACUUUUCUAUGCCCUGUUGUGAGGAGCAAGCCAGGAUUCCUGGAUUACGUCAACGA